CGCGCCCGCCGUGCGUCGUGGAGGCUGAUGUGCGCACUGAGGGAGGUUCUCUCACCGUGUGGCCGGCGACCGCCAGGAGCACCCGUGGAGGGCUUGGCUCUGAAGUCGCUGAAGGCUGCGCUUGGGAACUGCCCGCCCCUCCCGUCAUUUCAGAAGCUUGACCAGCGAGCCCUCCCGGCUUGCAUCCUCUGCGGUCCUCAGCAUCCACAAGAUGGGCGAGACCCAGGAGACGCUGGCCAUGACUGUCCACCUCCUGGCCAACUCUGGGCACGGCUCACUUCUGCAGCAAACUCUGGACCAGCUCCUGGACUGCAUUUGCCCGGAGGUCCGUCUCUUUCUGGUGUCCGAGCGGGUCAGUCCGGUGAAAUACUACACCAAGUGCCACUCCAAGCGGUCACGCUUCCCCGGGAUGUCUGUUCUGCUCUUCCUGCACGAAAGCCUCGGAGAGGAGCGGCUCCUUCGCGUGCUUGACUGCCUGCAGCACUGGCCGUGGCAGUGCUACUCCGCCCAGAGCGCGCAGGGAAGGCCGUGCCCCUACCUUCUUGCCAACCAGGAGUUCUACAGUCUGGACAGCCAGAUGCCCGUGUGGGGUGUGAGGCAGGUGCACGGUGGCACCGAGGUCCUGAGAGUGACGCUCUACUGCAGCUUUGAUAACUACGAGGACGCCGUCAGGCUCUAUGAGAUGAUUCUGCAGAGGGAAGCCACCUCGCAGAAGAGCAACGUGUGUGUCUUUGUGCUCUACGCCACCGAGAGCUUUGCUCUGCAGCUCUCCCUGAAGCAGCUGCCCCUGGGGACGUCGGUGGACCCGAAAGAGGCUUCGGUGUUGCAGUUCAAGGUUCAAGAGAUCGGCCAGUUAGUGCCUCUCCUGCCCCAUCCGUGCGUCCCCAUCAGCCGCACCCGGUGGCAAACGCAGGACUACGAUGGCAACACGAUUCUGCUUCAGGUCCCAUUGAAUCCAGGACUUGGUGUAAAGAAUGGCGAGCGUUCCUUUCUGAGUGGCACCUCGGAAGCAGACACGCUCGCCCAGGGCUCCAGGUUGACCCCUGUCAAUGCAGUUGGGACCCUUGAGCCGAGAAGCCGAAGGAGCCGGGGUAGGAGGUUGAAGGUGGGCUCUGCGGAUCUCCCUGAGCCUGGUGGGAGACCAGCAUCCGACAGCUCCAGGGACACGUCGUGGAAAAACCCUGGCUGUUCAUCCCCACCCAGCAGCCCAGCCAUGGACUCCCAGCUGCACCUGCCUCCUCCCCACCUCGAACCCACGGCCAGAAUGAAGGUUGUCAGCUGGGAGAACACCUUUGAGAACCUGGAGGCAGAGACAAAUGUUGACACAGGAUUCACCGUGGUCAGUUCUGAACCCAGGCGAUCUUUUCUGGGUAGAUUUCCCAGGGAUCUGCAGACCCGCCCACCACCGACCUGCCCGUCAGCCCCUUCCUCAGGGGCAGCUGCUUCCAAAACCAGCAGAAUCUUUAAGGAAAGGAUCCAUCCUUUGUCACUUGCUGGCCAGAGGGAUCUUGGUGCAAGGAAGAUAAUCUCAAAAUGUGCCCUUCCUCUGCCAGCCCAGGGUGAAGACAAAGCAGCAGAAGAAGAAUUCUUUAUAUAGCAUAAAACAACAGUGGUUUUCUAAAACACAGGCUCAAAUAUAAUGUUCCGGAGGACUGACCCAGAAUGGAGCUAGAAAGGGAGCUCUGACUCAGAAUCAGCCUGUUUCUUGUUCAUCAAAGAGGGCCUGAAUGCUAGCCACACACAGAUCUAGAUCAUUUUUAUUUCCAGUGUUCAAAGUCUAGCGAGCUGGUGAUGAGUUGUUUAUUUGUCGUCAUGGUCGUGAGGGAACACAGCCAACGCACAGAGGAAAAGCCCAGCGCCUCACGUCCUUGGAGACACACUAACCCAGCUGGGUGUGUUGAGUUCAGCACCUCUCAGGAUAAUUGCAUUGUAUGCAAAUGAGUCAGGUGCAUUACGCAAUGCUGAUUGGUGUCUGUAAUUUGGUUUUAAUUUUUUCUUGGGUUGCGUAGCUCAUCCCUCCAGACAGCAUGGGCUGUUUAGUGUUUUUUAAUUUUUAUGUGACCUCAUUUGGUAACUAGGUCUUGUUCACCACCUACCCUCUAGUGACUUUUGCCUUAAAAGUUGUUUGCAUCUGGAAUGAGUUAACAUGCAAAGUGUUUUGAAAAUUACAACCCCCCUUUUUUUUUUCCUGUUUAAUGAGCAGCAACUCUGGAAGCCGAAAAAUCAGGUUCAAAAUGAAAGCUGGGCUCUAGGGUUUUCUUACUCCUCAUUUUUCAUUUGUUUCUGCUCUACUCCGGUGGGGCCAGUGGUUCAUGUAAUUAAGCAGAGAGGAGUGGACGAUUCAAGAUCUCCACUGAGUGUGGCGGGAAGAGUACACUGGUUGGGUCCCUGGAGCAGGACUUGGGUUUUUCUGGCCAUGUUCGAAUUCUUAAAUUCCUUUGCGAUGCUCAUUCAUUCACUCAUUUAUACAUUCAUUCAUGCAAUACAUUGUACUGAACAUCUGUGUUUGAAUAAGACAUUGACAUAUGGUAUAUACAUUCUGUGGCCAUCAAACUCCAAAUUUGUUUAUGGUUUUACUGUAUGACGAAUCCAUUCUAUCAACUCUCAAGAACAUGUUGAAGUUCAAAUUUACUCCUCUGGGAAACUUUUCCACCAGUGAUUCCCACACUUGACGCACAAGGCUGCAGUAAGAAUUCACAACCUGUGGAUGGAGACUGGGCAUAUUAUGAAUGACAAUUAUAAUCAUAAUGGACAAAUUCUCAGUUGCUCAUAUGAUAUAUUGUCUGAUUGGAUCUAUACAUACAUUUAAAAAACAAAUCUGUCGUCUGUGUGUUUCAGCUAAUUUGUAAGAUUAUUUGACUUCACAAACUUCACUUUCCAGAACAGAUGUUACAUGACUAUAAAUGCUGGUUUAGCUGAAAAUUUUUGAGACCCCCAGUACUUAAUUCAUCCAGUUGGAGAGAAGAAUGAGUUCAGGCUUAAGGAUGAAUCUUAAAUGGCAGGUAGACUGGGCUGAGUUUGGGUGCUCUGUCCCCCUCAAAGAAUAGAAAUGGAGAAGAGCUACAAAUGGACAAAGGCGCGAGUUCUCAGUGUAUUGCUUGGGUCCUUACAUCAUCAAUAUAUUCUUACCCUCAUUUGCUUUCUUUCCCUCAGAUUAAAGUUAGAUCUUAGAAACCAGGCUGAAGAACUUACUUUUGGUAUGGUUCCUGUAAUAAGAGUUCUUUUUUUAAAAAAUGAAAAUCUUAUGUAAGUUGAACUAUUGAGCUGCCUUGAAAACCACAGCAAGAAGUCCUGAAAUUUCUUUCCCAAUUUUUUGAGGUUAUCUAAAUUCCUGUAACGUAAUACAUGGGUAAGAAUAUAACUACGUGGAAAUCGCAAAGACUAUUGAGGAAUUUGAAUGAGUAACUUACAGAAAUGACUUAUACUCUUAAAAUGUCACCUCCUCUAUCCUAUUCACUAGAGGAAUCCAAUUUACAAAGUGGUGGGAUGGAUGGAAAUAUCAGUGGGCUAGGUGGCAGAAGCCCAGAUUUUGGUCUCAGUUUUAAAAUUUACUAUUUAUAUGUGACCUUGAACUCUUUGAUCUGUUACUUUAUCUUCUGUACCAAGGUUGUUUGGAAAAUCAAGAUUAUGUAUAUGAAGGCGUUUGGAUGUUGUUAAGCACGUAAAUAUGUUAGCUAUUCUAAUUACAAAUGGCCCUUCUUACCCACAUUUUUAAAAUGUCUUGACAACAAAGACCAUUUUUUGAAACAACCUUUAAUAAAAACAAUGAUACCAUUAAAAAAAAAAAAAGAAACCCAAUCCUAAGAUUUUUACUCUGUGUGUCAUUAAUGUUUAUAUAUUUAGGAGGAAAAUUAUGGAUAGAAAGGAUCAGAUACAUCCUAAAGUUCAAAAGAGAUUAUAUAUAAUGAAUAAACUAUGAACUAGUUUAAUCCAAUUUAUCAAAUUAUCCAGACUCUUAAUUAUACUGAAAUGUAAAAUGUAUCACAAGGGACUCCCAA